AUGUGUGUGAAUGUGUUUGUGUGUGCAGGUGUGUUUGGUGAUGAAGUGAAGUCAGUGUCAGUGAUGGAGGGAGAUUCUCUUACUUUAUACUGUAAUGUUACUGAAAUACUGAGUAAAGAUGUGAUCGAGUGGAGAUUUGGACUUAAAGGGACUCGCAUAGCUGAGGUCAAUAAAGAGGCCAAUAAGACAUCAAUAUAUGCUGAUGUUCUUGACGGGAGAUUCAGAGACAGACUGCAGGUGAAUAAUCAGACUGGAGAUCUCACCAUCACAAACAUCACAACUCAACACACUGGACUUUAUCAACUAGAGAUCAGAAGCAAAAGAAAGAACUCUUACACAUUCAAUGUUACUGUCUAUGCUCGUCUGCCCGUUCCUGUUAUCAGCAGAAACUCUUCUCACAAAUGUUCAUCAUCAUCAUCAUCAAGUUCAAACUGUUUGUUAUUGUGUUCAGUUUUGAAUAUGAGAGAUGUGAGUCUGUCCUGGUACAAAGGAAACAGUUUAUUGUCCAGCAUCAGUGUGUCUGAUCUCAACAUCAGACUCUCUCUACCUCUGGAGGUUGAAUAUCAGGAUACAAACACAUACAGAUGUGUACUCAACAAUCCCAUCACAAACCAAACUCAACAUCUCAACAUCACUCAACUCUGUCAGCCGUGUUCACAUACAACAGCUUCAGUUCUGAUCUUCUGCAUCAACAGGAAACACAAAAACACACAGCAACAGGUUCAGACCGGUGAAGAGGAAAUCACUUACGCAGAAACAACUUUCCAUCAAAGACAAACACAUAAACCAAAAGCUCCAGUGGAGGAUGAAGUGGUGUAUGCAGGAGUCAUGAGACGAUGA